AUGUCAGAAUACCCUUCAAAUUCAGAUGAUUUAUCACUACCGAAAGCAACAGUACAAAAAAUUAUAGCAGAAAUAUUACCGAAAGAUAUAGCAAUUUCAAAAGAAGCAAGAGAAGCAAUAACAGAAUGUAGUAUAGAAUUUAUAAUGAUGUUAUCUACUCAACUGAACGAUAUAGCAGAAAAAGAAGCUAAAAAGACAAUUGCAUCAGAUCAUGUUGUUAAAGCACUAGAAGAAUUAGAUUUUUAUAAUUAUCUUGAAAUUAUAAAUAAAAUUUUAAGUGAACAAAAAGAAUUACUUAAAGGUAAAGAAAAAAGGAAUAAUAAAUUUCAAAAUUCUGGUUUAAGUGAAGAAGAAUUAUUAAGACAACAAGAAGAAUUAUUUAAAAAAUCAAGAGAUAGAUUACAAAGUCAAUCUGGUUCACCAAAUCAUGAAGUUAAACAAGAAGAUUCAUCUGUUUAA